UGAAAAUAGUUUCAUAUUCAUAUAACUACAAUGACACAGUAUAACGCAUAAUACUGAAAUUUGCACAUUUCUUAAAUGCUACGUGGGAUUACCUAAAAUAGACUAAAUAUCAUAAUUAUUUAUUCAUUUUAUCAUUUUGUUUUGUUUACAGUUACGUUUUUGAAAGAACUUUGUUUUGAACUUUCAAGUUCAACUUUGUCAAUAGGUCAUUGACUGUCUCCCCGAACUUGCUCCGAAUCGAACACCAAUGAACACAAAUAAAUGAAAACAAACAAAAGUUUUAACAUAAAUCAAAGUGAUCGGUGUUUUAUUUUAUUACUUCAUUAGAAUAACAACAUGAUCUAAAAAGUUAGUAUCAGUAUGAAGAAAAUAAUGUGCGAUACAAAUGGCUUUUGGAGACUGUGCACUAUUUUUCUCGCAGCGUUAUGUGCGUUCUCAGUGGUCAACGCUAGAUUCUUUCCAAAUUUAUAUCCAAGAUUAAAACUGGACGCUAGAUCAACGAAAGACGCUGGUGAACCUCUGUUUAUCACUCCUUAUCUGAAGACAGGCUCCAUAUUACUCGCGCAAAACCUUUCCCGAGUGUCCAUUACAGAUACGAUAGGGUUUAGAAGCCACGCCGGCUUCUUUACGAUAGACGAGAUAUACAACGCCAAUUUGUAUUUCUGGUACUUCCCUCCGUUUUCUAAAAAAGAAGAAGCUCCUAUUGUAAUCUGGCUUCAAGGCGGACCUGGAGGAAGUUCUCUUUUCGGACUAUUUCAGGAGUUGGGACCACUAAUAGCGAAAAAGGAAGGUUUCGCUUUAAGAAAAUAUCACUGGGCUCUGAAUUAUCACUUAAUAUUCAUUGACAACCCUGUGGGUACUGGGUUCAGUUUUACAGAUAAUGAGAAUGCAUAUUGUACUAAUGAGGAUUGUGUAGCAAAAGGACUUUACUCCACUCUGAAGCAGUUCUACCAAUUGUUUCCUAAUUUAAAGCAAAAUGAAUUAUACUUAGCAGGAGAAUCUUAUGCAGGGAAGUACCUGCCAUCAUUUGGAUUAAAAAUACAUCGUGAAAAUGCCAAGAGCAAAGAAAAAGUAAAUCUAAAAGGUAUUGCAAUGGGUAACGCAUAUUGUGACCCAAUUAAUCAACUAGAUUAUGGCCACUACCUAUAUCAAUUAGGAUUAAUAGACGAAAAUGAAUCAAAAUUGUUUUUAAAAUACCAAGGAGAGAUUGCUAGUCAAAUAAAACAAGAAAAUUGGGAACAAGCCGAUGUUCUCAUGGACAGACUUAUGGAUGGAGAUAUGACGAACUUCUCAUAUUUCAAGUACUACACUGGCUUUGAUUACUAUUACAACUAUUUACAGGCUGCUACAGCUGAUGACAUGUCAGUAUUUAUCAGGUUAUUGCAGAAUGACAAGGUCCGCCGUGGUGUACAUGUUGGAGGAUUACCCUUCAAUGAUGGAUUAAAAGUGCAACUAAAUUUAGUACUUGAUCUACUUAAAUCUGUAGCUCCAGCGAUAUCAGAGCUUCUAUCGCAUUAUAGAAUAAUGUUCUAUAAUGGGCAACUGGAUAUAGUUGUUGCUUACCCACUCACAGAAAACUUUUUGCAAAAACUACAGUUUUCUUCAGCUGCAGAAUAUAAAAAUGCGAAGAGAUCGAUUUGGAAAGUAGGUGAUGAUAUUGCUGGAUAUGUAAAGACAGCUGGUAAUCUGACUGAAGUCUUGGUCAGGAAUGCUGGGCAUAUGGUACCACGGGACCAACCUAAAUGGGCUCUGAACCUCAUCACAAGAUUCAUUAAAAAUGAUUUUGCUUCCUAAAACUUUUUAU